AUGCUCGCCAAGGAACACGGCGACGGAGAUCCGGCUCUUUCCGUAGCUAUCUUCUCGGAUGUCCUCGAGGAUGGCCGGAGAAUGCGUCCAUGGACGGAGCCCGCCAUGGUUUUGUGGGUAGCCGUGCUCCUCUUAGCAGUAUUGUCCAUCGGGAUUGCGGUUGCUGAGGUCCUUUCUCCAUGGAGAUGUCCAUGGAAGAUCCUCGAAGAUGUGGUUGGCGUGAGGGGGCCGGCUGUAUCAAUGCGGUUGACUUCUUUUGACCCCCGGCGAAGCCGUGGGCAGGGGAAAAAGGAGCUGGAAUGGGUUAGAUACUCGGAGAAUUGCGUCGAGACGCACCUUGUGAUACUGGGGCCCACUGAGGCAACGUCGAAGGCCAGUGAGAAACCUUGGGGCCUCGUAAAAGCGGCCUUGGGGCCAGAAACGGGAGACGUCGAACGAGGUAUCCACCGGACGAAAGUGACAUGCUUCUCAGGGCUGUUCGGUUCGUAA